AUGACUACAGAAUUGUUGAGAUUGCACGAUCCCCGAAUUGUUAGUCAUUUGUCAGGAAUUGCUGAAAAUGUUGACGAAAUAUCUACGUCAAAACCGCUAAUUAAUGCAAGUCCGUUCGUUCAAAAUUCAAUUUUGAGUCCAGAUAAAUCGUCAACUAUUGGAGAUGAAUAUUCUCACGAAAGUACUAAUUUUACAAGGAAUCAAGAUCCUCUUGAUGCAUUGAAAAAUAGUAAAGGCAACGAUAUCAACAUAAAAGAACAAGGAAUUCCAGCAGUAUCUGUUAAGAAACAAGCGGUAAAAACUGCUUUUGAGGAAGCUAGUAAGGCCGUCAGAAAUGCUACCACUGCAUAUGAGGAACUAAUGCAAGUACUCCCUCCAGGCAUGAAAUUUGAUGUCGAAUCGACUGAUUAUGUUAGUUCGAAUUUAUCUGUUUUAGAAGAGCUCCUUGGGGUAAUUGAAAUUGAUGAUGCUUCCCGUGUAAUGAAUUUUCAAAAUUUUUCUUCCGCAUCAACAACAAGUAACAAGCCAAUUGAAUCGUGCAGCAUUGAUAUGACUAAGGAGAUAACUAGGAAGGAUUCCAAAAUUGAUUCCGAUAGUAUUGAUGUGAACAAUAAGAACAUUCAAUUGGGUAUGCAAGUGUUGAUAGGUUACGAUGAUCAUGUGUUUAGUGAAUGUGAUCCGAAUGAACUAGGCAAUAUCAUUUCAACGAAAAGUCAAAAGCAUGAACAACUAAAAGAAGUAAAGGAAAAAAUGAAAGACGCUAACUAUGUGCAUCAAAAUGAUUCAAAAAGCUUGGAGCCCAUUGAUAACAAAUUUACAACAAAAAUAGAGGAGUCAAAAAAACCGUCUCGGACUGUACCAAAAACGUCAAAGAACCUUAAAGUUAAACGAUACAACACAAGAAGUGCAGAUGGGACACGGAAAUUAAGAGUUAUGUUCGAUGGUGUUCAAGCGGGUAAUCAAAAUUCCAAAAAUGAUAUUAAUUCAAAACAAAAGAAAAGGAGUAGUCCACAGAAAAUGCCGAUCAAUACCAAAGAAACAUUAAAGAACACACGCUCUAAAACAUCAAUAAAGAUGCCAACAAUACCGAAGGGUUCUUUCGGUUACUUCUUUGAAGAUUACUACGCUAAGGUCAAAGUCAGUCAUCCUAAUGAAUCUCUUACGCAAGUUAUGAAAGAUGCCGGUAAAUCAAGUCAGGAUUAUUCGUAUUUUGCUUCCAUAACUAGAUUUUAUAUAAAUAUUAGAUAUAUCGAGACCGGCAAAACGCAACGAGGGAACGUUACAAAGAUGAAAUGCAGCGAUAAGCCAAAAAAAUCUAACAAAAAAGCAACUGUCGUUGAUUUCUCUGGUCGACCUUUAUUUAAAGACUUUGACAAUUCUUCAAGUGAAGAAACGUCUUACAUGGACAUUGAGCUGGAAAAAAAAUCCAAUAAUAAGGUUGUAGUUGGAUCAUCCCGUAAUUCCGUUCGUUUUACUCCAAAAAAAGAAGUCGUUAGGGAAGAACCAAUUAUCUUACAUCAUGGACAACGAAUGAUUUCUCAGUUAAAGAACAUCAAGAAAUCGGAUUCCACCGAACCAAAUCUUGUGGAAGGAUCAGAAAAACGCGUGAUCCAUAAAAGACGACGUACUAUCAUUUAA